GUGACUCUUGCAAAUAUAAUGGUUAAUUGGGAAACAAAAGCGACGGCACAAACAGGAGGAACAAUGCCCCAAAUUAUCCCCGUACCUUUCCUUCUUCUCUUCUUCUUCCUUACUUGUUUCUCUGAGCCUAUAACUUACCCUCCCCAGACCAACUUAAUGUUGCCAUCCGACGCCGUUUCCAUCCUCUCCUUCAAAUCCAAAGCCGACCUCCAUAACAAGCUUCUUUACGUUCUCAACGAGCGUUUCGACUACUGUCAAUGGCGAGGCGUCAAUUGCAUUCAAGGCCGCGUCGUCCGCUUUCUCCUCCCCAAUUUCGGCCUCUUUGGCACUUUUCCCGCCAACUCCCUCUCCCGCCUCGACCAGCUCCGUGUUCUCAGUCUCCAUAACAACUCCCUCUCCGGUCCCAUCCCCGACUUGUCCUCUCUUUACAACCUUAAGUCCCUGUUUCUCGGCCGCAACCAUUUCUCUGGAACCUUCCCUUCUUCUAUCUUGUUUCUUCAUAGAUUAACCUCCCUCGAUCUUUCUUACAAUGACUUGACUGGUCCCCUUCCAGUUAACUUAACCGCAUUGGACCGGUUAAACAUCCUCCACCUUGAGUGGAACCGGUUUAACGGAACGGUCCCGCCUUUAAACCAACCCUUCCUACUCAUCUUCAAUGUUUCAGGCAACAAUCUUACUGGAAAAAUACCGGCCACGCCCACUUUAUCCAAGUUCAAUACGACGGCGUUCUCUUUGAACCCUCACCUUUGUGGGAAGAUUAUCAACAAAGCCUGCACUACGCGUGCACCGAUUUUCGGUUCUUCUUCAGCUUCGAGUCCGGCAGUGCAACGCCCGAAGGCCAACUCCGGAGGGAUUGUAGCUCUGCUACCGCCGCCUUCACCAAAGAAGAAGCACCAGAGACCUGGGAUGGUCCUUGGGUUUACUGUCGGCAUUGCGUUGAUAAUAUUUUCAGUUUUGUUAGCUUUAGCUGUAGUUAAAAAGCAAGGCGGUAAAAAGAGAGUAGAGUCGAAAGAAACAAAGCCAACAACAGUUUCAUCCGAGGCAACGAGCUCAAAAACCCAAGUGGAAGGAGUUUCGGAGAGAAAAUCAGUGAUAAACGAAAUUCAGAAGCUGAAAAAGAGUGGGAAUUUAGUUUUUGUUGGUGGGGAAGUGGAAGGGUACAGUUUAGAGCAGUUAAUGAGAGCUUCAGCUGAGUUAUUAGGGAGGGGUAGCAUGGGGAUUACGUAUAAGGCAGUGAUUGAUGGGCAAUUGAUUUUGACAGUGAAGAGAUUGGAUGCUGGGAAAACGGCGGUAACCAGCGGUGAAGUUUUUGAACAGCAUAUGGAUGCUGUUGGGGCGCUGAGACACCCCAAUUUGGUGCCGGUUAGAGCUUAUUUUCAAGCUAAAGGUGAAAGGCUUGUGAUCUAUGAUUAUCAACCCAACGGAAGCGUUUCCAAUCUCGUUCAUGGUUCAAGAUCAACUAGGGCAAAGCCACUUCAUUGGACAUCAUGUUUAAAGAUAGCAGAAGAUGUUGCAGAAGGCCUUGCCUACAUCCACCAAGCAUCAAGGCUUUUCCAUGGCAACUUGAAAUCGUCCAACGUCCUCCUUGGUUCCGAUUUCGAAGCUUGCCUCACCGACUACAGCCUUGUGUUCCUUGCAGACUCUUCUUGUUUUACUGAAGAUCCUGAUUCUUUAGCCUAUAAAGCUCCUGAGAUUCGAAAAUCCAGCCGCAGACUAACUCCCAAGUCGGAUGUUUAUGCCUUCGGUGUGUUUCUAUUGGAGCUUUUGACAGGCAAACUUCCAUCACGACAUCCGGUGCUUGUGCCUCGGGACAUGCUGGAAUGGGUUAGAGCAACACGUGAAGAUGAUGGUGGGGAAUAUCACUGGCUUGGGAUGCUUACUGAAGUUGCUAGUGUUUGUAGCUUGACAUCUCCGGAACAACGGCCAGCAAUGUGGCAGGUGUUAAAGAUGAUACAUGAGAUCAAGGAGAGUGCGAUGAUGGAAGAUAGUGCAUCUUUUGGUUACUCAUAGCGAUCACGUUUUCAGUUCCAUCUUUUGGGAUUUAUGGUAUUUGGUUUUCAAACUCUCUUGUAUAUGAUCUGAUGUCAUCUAUUUACGUGAGAUUUAUAUCAUAUAUGUAAAUGAUCAGCAAAUUUUCAUAUAAGCUUUUGAUGAAAA